AAAACAAAGUGGCAGACAUUCUUGCCAAGCAAGCUUACGAGCACAACGAUAUCAACACUUGGUUCAAACGCCCUCCCAAAGCAAUUCAUAAAUCCAUACGCGAAGAUGAGAUUGGCCUGUUGAGAGGCACGCUUUCAGAAAAGUUGUUAUCCUUGAAGAUGUUGGGUAAGCUUCAGGUCUACCACUUCUCCGCCACGCUAUGCUUCCAAGACCACGGCGGCCCAAACUUUCCGGCGACACUUCCCUUCUCUUUCUUCCCCGCCUGCAACCGCCCACGUCUCUUCACGGUGGCCUCCGCCGCCCACCGCAGCCACCAAGAAAAUCGUCAAAACACCGAAACUAGCACUACUACCUCCGCUCCGUUGAACGAUGAAGCCGCUGGUGUUACUCGAAAGCACAAUUCCAAAUCCACUUCUAUGCUCCUCCACUUCCUCUCAUCCGACCAAAACUCCGGUUCAGAAACGCCGCCGCCGGUGGCGGAGAGACGGGUGUCUUCUGCAGAAGAAGAGGAAGAAGAUAGAAUGAGGCUUCUAGAGAUGUCAUUGAUAAGAAGAAGAACCCCUCAAUUCCCAGGCUCAAUUUAUGUUCAAUCUCCCAGCGAUCCUGAUGUCAAUUCAUCUUUGCCGCCCAUUAAGACUCUGUUUGAUGACCAAAGCGGCAUUGCUGCUGCUGUAGAUGAUGAUGAUGAAGAGAUGCUUAUUAAAGCUCUAGAGAUACGCAGGAGAGUCACCACUGAGAUUUUCAUGGAGGCGAUGAGAAAGGGGAAAUUCGGGAUCACUUAUUCAAGAAAUUUGGUAUCCAAAUUGUCUGAUUUCCUUGAUUUUGUGAUGAUUCAAGCUGCUUCAAUGAAGCAAAUGCCUGAAUUCUCGCACUCAUCUUUCAAUACUCGAGCCAGGGCAUUCAUAGAUGAUUCCAAUGUCGUGCCAAUGAUAAGGUGGUUGAAACACAAUUCAUUAUCAUUUCCUCAAAUUGGGAACCUCAUCUGUAAAUCGAGACGAGAUGUUACCUACAUAAGACGUUUUGCUGAGUGGUUAAAGUCGGUAAACGUGAAGGGGAGAUUCAUUGGGGUUGCAAUGCUGAGAUCAGGAGAGAAUGUCUUCAGCCGCAGCUUUGAUGAUUUGGAUGAGAAUAUCGAGUAUUUGGAGAAGAACGGGGUCCGGAGGGACUGGAUUGGCUUUGUUAUUAGCAGAUGCCCUGAAAUAUUGUCGUUUAGCAUGGAAGAACUCAAGAUGCGUGUUGAAUUCUAUUUGAAUCUGGGAAUGAAUGAGAACGAUUUCGGGACAAUGGUUUUUGACUAUCCUAAGGUGCUCGGCUACUUGAGUAUGGAAGAGAUGAACCAAAAGGUUGCGUAUCUGAAGGAAUUUGGCCUAAGUAACGAAGAUGUUGGAAGAGUAAUUGCAUUAAAACCACAUUUGAUGGGUUGUAACAUCGAGGAGAAGUUGAAGCCCAUUGUUAAGUUUUUCUACUACAUCGGGAUUUCUAAAGAAGGAAUGCGAAGAAUUCUUAUUACCAGGCCGAUAGUAUUCUGCAUCAACUUGCAGAACACCAUUGUGCCUAAGGUUCAGUUUUUGCGAGAAAUAGGCGUUCAGGAAGAUGCCAUUGGAGAUGUGCUUGCCAGGUUUCCCCGAAUAUUCACAUAUAGCCUUGAGAAGAAAAUACGACCAACGGUAAUAUUCCUCCUGACGAAAGCGGGAGUCUCACAGAGAAAUGUCGGGAAAGUAAUAGCCUUCCAACCCGAGCUACUGGGAUGCAGCAUCGCGCACAAAUUGGAUCCCAACGUGAAGUACUUCCUGUCGCUUGGUAUCCCUCUCCGAAAAUUGGGUGAGAUGAUUGCUGACUAUCCAUUGAUUCUUCGAUACGAUAUAGAAAAACAUCUUCGUCCCAAGUACAAAUACCUACGACGAACCAUGGUCCGCCCUCUAGAGGAUCUAAUUGAAUUCCCGAGGUUUUUCAGUUACUCCCUUGAAGACAGAAUAAUCCCGAGACACAAAGUCCUUGUAGAGAAUCGGGUAAAUUUUAAGCUGCGAUAUAUGCUGAAAAGCACAGACGAAAAAUUUGAAGAAAUGGUUCAAGAUAAAGUGGAAAGACGCAGGAUAUAUGAGAGUGGCAUCAGCUGUGACAAUUGUAGUAGCAUAUUAGAAACAGAUCAAGAAAACUAACAAAGAUAUUUGAUUUGAACACUUGUAAUAAUGAACAUUUUUUGUUUUUGUCUGUAACUGUGUGUAUAUAGUGAGUGUAUUCAUUUUGAA